AUGGCACAGAACAUUGUAGGUAACAACCAAACAAAUAGCCAGAUGAGUGACGAACUGAUGAGAGAUCUCAGUGCUCUCUAUCGGGCAGCACGUCGUGGGGAUGUGCAAGCUUUGGAGCAUCUGUUGCAGCGAAACGCAUCUAUCCUUGACAACAUUCCAGAUGACGGCUGUGAAACUCCCUUACACAUAUCUGCACUGCUAAAUCAUACUUCAUUCACACAGGUUCUUCUCAAUCGUAAUGGCGACCUCGCUACUAGAAAGGAUGCUUCUGGAAGAACAGCCCUCCACUUGGCUUCUGCAGAGGAUAACUUGGAGGCCGUGCAGAGACUGCUAGAAUUUAAUGAUGAGCCAUGCUUGGUUGCUGAUAGAAAAGGAAGAAUUCCUCUGCACUAUGCAGCUAUGAGGGGGAGGACAGAGGUUGUGGAAGCGUUGGUCAUAGCACGGCCAGAUUCUCUAGGUCGUUUUGACCCAGAAAGGAGCACUGUUUUUCACUUGUGUGUCACAUACAACCGUUUCAAGACUCUGCAAGCAUUGGUGAAAUUGGACUAUGCCACUGCUAAUGUUACUGUAGGCACGCCUCGUGCUCCCAUCUUUACGCUCCCUGAUCGUACAGGAAACACCAUUCUCCAUUUAGCCGUCAUGUACAUGCGAGAUGAGGAGGCUUCAUUCAACAAGGCUUAUUAUCCCGAGGCAAUACCACAAACUCAUCAUCUGACGCCCUCAACUGCACGACCCUUAAUGAUCUUCAUCAGUAUUGUCCAGGACAACCAGUCUCAUCCUUUCGUGACCAACAAGGAUUUCGGGACUACGUGGAAUACCUUACUACGUCUUUUUAUGGAUCAAUUUGUGUCACCCUCUUGCUUGUAAGUGGAGUUCCUUUGCAGAACAGUGUAGUCGUAUGGAGUCUAUCCUUGGGCAUGUUGUUCACUCUCUUCUUUCUUGCACUUGCAUACAUCACCGCCCUCGACCUUAUGACCCCAGCCCAUCUUUUGAUAUCCAAAUUGGACAUCGUCACUCCCUGUGCAUUUGCCUUGACUUUUGUGAUGUAUUUGAUUCUAAUGUUUCUGAUUCCUUGCAUCCGGGCUUUGUCAUUGAAAAGUGCGCAGAUUAUGAGAAGGUUAUCAGGAAUCUGAAGUUAACAAGUUGCUGCUGAUUGAUCUGUAGCUACCAGUCAAUGCCCACCUGUGUCGUCGGCAAGAGAAAAAGCAAUAGAUCAUGCGACAGUUGCUUUUAUAAUUAUUGUUCAUACUUUUUGUAAAUA